GCCAACUCACUACUGUCACUAGAAAAAACACCAGUGAACUCGAACGAAAAGUCUAUGAACCGACAAAUGUGCAAAGCUUCGCUUUUCAAUAAAAUAUUUGUUUUUACCGUUAGUAUAACGACAUUCAUUAAUACAUAAAGUGGAAAUGUCUGUGGGAUUCGGUCAACGAGGAGGAAAUCGGCCUCCGCCAAACCCAGCACAAGUACAAAAAAUGUUGGAUGAAAAUGGACAUUUGAUUCAAACAAUUCAAGAAUAUCAGAGCAAAGGAAAAGCUCCAGAAGUUGUCCAGUAUCAACAAGCAUUGCACAGGAAUUUAACUUAUCUAGCCACGAUGGCAGAUGCUGCUCAAAAUGUUCAGUCUUUUUUGCCUAUGUUGCAAACACAGGCACCCCCACCACCGCACGGCCAGCCGCCACCCAACAUGGAUCAACAGCAUAUGAACAAUUUUAACCAUCAACAGCAACCAGCAUACCGGCAGCCUCCAGGUCCUCAACGCCCUGGCGUCCCGACCCACCCCUACCCACAACGAGGUUACCCACAGAACCAAUAUCCCGGCCAAUACCCACCCCAAGGUAACGCCUAUCCUCAACAGAACCAAUACCCCACAAAUCAACCCCCGGUAUACCCCCCAUCGAAUGCUCAAGCGAACUACGGACAACCACCGUCAACAACAGCACACAAUAACUACCAACAGCCGGGAUACGGCACGCCUCCGCCCGGUGGAGCCCCUCCUCAGCCAGGUGCGGGGCCCUACCCUCCGCCUGCUGGCCCGCCCCAACCGCCGCCCGGGACUUACCCCAACGGAGGUCCGUAUCCAAAUUCCACGGCUCCGCAGACUUACCCACAGGGAUACCCGCCCCAGCCGGGAUAUGCCCCGCCUCCGCCAUCUAGCCAACCGCAGACUUCUCCCGCCUCGUAUCCAAACCAACCUAGUACGUCACCGCAGAAUUACGGGCCUAAUAAUACUCAGUCUCCGCCCUUUUCGGCUCCUGCUAAUAACAACCAAAGUCCUGCAGUUACUUCGGCUCCACCCACCACACCACAACCGUAUCAACCUCCCUAUCCACCCAAUUCUCAACCUUCAAAUCCUAAUGCAGGCUACACGCCCAAUGCCCCGCAAGGGUAUCCUCCGGCGGGCCCUCCCAAUAAUUAUGGGUAUGCUCCCCAACCCGGGUAUCCACCACAACCCCAGUAUGGGGGACAACCGCAAGGGUACCAGUAUCCCAGGCCUCCGACAGCACAAGCGCCGCCUCCACAAGGGCAGUAUGGGUACAACUACCCUGCUCAGCCAAAUCCCCAGUAGAAUGUUCUUAUUGUGUGUUCCAUUAUUUUAGGAAUCAACUCGAAGUACUUAUCGUACGGUUAUUUCUUCAUUUUUUUUAGGUUUUUUUCUCUCGAGCUUUGAUUUCGAGAAAUAGUGUGAUAUUAAAUGUUUUUCUUUUGUAUCUCCAUUUAAUGUAAUAAAUUUGACAAAAUAA